CUUUAAUUGAGAUCUUAGGAGGGGGGGGGGGUCAUAAUGCCUCCCCCCCAAGCCUGCGCUGAUUUGGAGACGGCCAUCGUUACAUUGGACAUAGCAGCCAAGUCGUACAAACCUCCACAGCUUAACCUGUCAGCCCAAGGAGUUGCCUCUGCUGCUCAUACCAGUGGUAGCCACAUACCCGUAGGUGGCAGCUUGCAGCAGACAUCCAUUUCCAUUUCCAGCCACUUCAGCCCGCGAGCCAGGCAAUGGCACAGCAACGCUACCAGCAAGCACAAGCAAUGUAUCUUCCUUAUCAAUAUGCAGGAGUUGCCUCUGCUGCUCAUACCAGUGGGAGCUUACGACAGACAUCAAUCAAGAGAUAUUUUCCAGUAGUCAGGCCCGCGAAAUUCACAAAGACACUGCAAAGCCUCCAAC